UGUUUUCAUUAGGAAACUGGGCGCAACCAAGUCAACCAGGAAAGGAUUAGAGAGCAAGAGAGCGAACGCAGGGGCAAAGAGAGAGAGGAAGAGUUGUGGAGGAGUAAAAGUCUUUUUGUUUCCAGUCUGAUUCUGAAUUAGAGGAGAUUUGUUCUCUCUCUCUCUCUCUCUCUCUCUCUCAUUCUCCCACCCUGUCUUUUCCCCACACACGCUCUUCACUCUUCGUCUCCAGCUGCUCGCCAGGUUUCACCAUGACCCGCCCCUCCGUCUCCUCCGUUGGACUCAUCUUCCUUCUGAUUGGUUGCACUGCAGCAGGACCUGAGCCCCGAGCGGUGCGUUCAAGUGCCUGUCAAGAGCACACAAACCUCCACAACCGCCUGGAUGUAGUGGAGAAGAAAGUGGAGGACACAGUGCAGAAUUUGGAGGUAGAGCUGGCCGCUCUUCUGGAUGCCAUUGAGGCCCCGAAGUGGCGCCCCCUGUUGGACAACACAGGAAAGCCAACCGUGGAUAUCCUGGAAGACCCGGAGCAGAGGGGCCAGUCUUGAACUUACCAGAAACCCACGGAGGAGGAACUCAAGACUCUUGGACUUUGCAGGCUUAAAUCUGUUCCCAUGACUUUUUUAAUGUGUGUAUGCAUACAUUGUUUCCUUUAUAUCAAAAUUAAGUUUUUAUCUUAAAGAGGAGGCACAAGGCCAAA